AUGUUGCAAGGAACCUAUCCUAGACGUGAUUUUGUGGAGUCCUCGGGGGCUCGCUCGCAGCUGCUUGGAAACUGCAAGCCUGGAGAGCCCAUGUAUGGUGGUCGAAUCUUCAAGCUGUCUGCUCUGCGAGGUGAUUGGAAGCAUCACGUUAAUACCUUUAAACUGAAGCAGUACUACAACAGCAACAAUACAUGUCAUUGUUGCCGGGCUUCUCGCGUCGACCGUGCUUGCUUGUACACGGAUUUUUCUGCAAAUGCUGCGUGGAAACGUACCAUCCGUACACACAGGGAGUUUCUCAACGAGUCGAUCGGUGAGCCUCUCAAUGCCCUUAUUUUGACGGCAGGGUUUCAUUACUCCAUGCUGCGAUUCGACUCGAUGCACUCAGUCAACCUCGGCUGCGGCCUUUUUACAAAUGGUGGGGCACUUUUCGAAUUGUUCAAGAUUGGCUGGUUUCCAGGAGACAGCGACGCUGCACAAUGGCGUGCGGCUGAUCAAAACUUCCGCUGCUUCUUGCAGAAGCACAAGAUUGCAUGCAGCCAACCGGCAUUUAAAUCAUGGAUGCUGGUGCUCCGUGGAGAGGAGUACUGCUACUUUGCCACCAAGGCCUACAACUCGCGAGUGAUCACCAGCUGGCUUGCGGAAGAGGCCAACAAGGCAGCGCUGCAACACCCUGGGAACCGCAGAAUUUCCCUGACGGCAAUUUGUGUGUGGCACUUGCACAGCUGGUAUUCUCAACUUGAGCAGUAUGGUCGCUACCUUUCCCAGGCG